CCGGCCGUUUCGUUUUCCAUCGCAACCCAUUCGACGUAAAGGGUAUGCUAAUCAAAAUCAAAAUUAACUAAGAAGAACGAAGAUGGCGCAAACAUCCCGUUCAUGGCCGAGCCCCCCACUGUUAGUCAGUCCGAUGAUCCCUAGCCCGGCCACAAUGAUCCAGAACACAAGACAAGCGAACGCGUCAGCACGAUUAUCGUGCCUUCGUUUCCAAUCUGUAUUCAAAUCAGACUCAAAAGCGACUUUAGUGCCCUUUUUUUUCGACACUUUUGCAAAGUGAUUGGAAUUUUCUACUUUCUUCUAUUUGUUUGGCGUCUUCCUUUGAAACGAAGGCGAUCAUUUUAAGCCAUUUCAGCUUGAAAUAACGAAAACGAUACCGGCUAAUCGAGCUUUCAUUACGUUGUCGUGAUCAGACUCCCUCGAAAAAGAGAGUUUGAUUUCGACAAAAUGGAACAGUUUGAUCAGUUGUUGACUUGCUGCGUUUGCCUCGACCGCUACCGCAACCCCAAAUUGCUGCCAUGUCAGCACUCUUUCUGCAUGGAGCCUUGUAUGGAGGGGCUCAUCAACUACGUCACUCGCCAGGUGAAAUGCCCAGAAUGCAGAGCAGAACAUCGAAUCCCUUAUCAAGGAAUUGCAGCCUACCCCACCAACGUAACGUUGCAGCGCUUCCUCGAGCUUCACAUCGAAAUUACCGGAGAAUUGCCCGACCCCACCAGCGGUCAGGUGAUGGAACGUUGUGGGGUUUGCUCGGAGAAAAACUACUGCACGCUGUGCUGUCACUGCGACAAGAAGGUUUGCGCUGACUGUAAAGAGGGCCACCUGGAUAUCCUGCGGAGGGAAAUAGCUCGGGUAAACAACCAGGUGCGGAGAACCUUGCCUCGUUUACAGGACGCCCUAGGCGUUAUUGACAAGAACUCGAAUCAGCUGCAAACCAACUGUCUCGCCAUCAUCGAAGAGGUUGACGGACUUUACAGGCGUCUCUCUAAGGCGCUAAAAGACCGUACGGACUUCAUCAAGAGCGAGAUCGAGGUCUUUAUGGCCAAAGAGUUGAAGGCAUUGACCGGGCUGCGGGCCAACCUGGAACACGAGAUCUCAAAUUUUGACUCGAAUUCCGAAUUUGCCGAAAAACACGUCACAGCUGGAGCAGCAGGCACCGAUGGCGGAUCAUCCACGUCAUCCUCUUCUUCAUCCAACACCAUCUCAUGGGAUGACAACGAGCUGAUGGAUACCAAAGACAUUUUCCUGCGCACUAUGGAGUUCAUUCGCAAUUUCGAAACGGAGACGGGCGAUUAUCAUCGACGAGUGCGAUUCUUCGUGCCACAAGAUCCUAAUCAGCUGUCCAACACUUUGGCCAACCUGGGAGAAUUAACUAUUCUCGCAGGCCCGUCUUCUUCGUCUUCAAACCAAUACCAGCAAGGCCCACCCCAGCCGCCAUCCCUCGGUCCCGGACUGAUGCGCAGCAAGAGCGAUCACCGAGUGGCUGCUCAAUUCCGUCAGCAAGAAGAACGUUACAACGCGGCUUACGGAUCGGACAACAACGACGAUCUCGGCGGAGGCAGCGGCCGGCCACGUUACUUUGGCGAACGACACGGUAGCAUCAGCACUCGGGCCGUCGAUCGUUACGAUACGUCGUCCCGCCGCAAUGACUACGGUGAUUACGAAGAACCAUCGGAUAUUGGCCGGCGUAAAUUCCGGUCGCGUUUCAUGCGCCACCACGACUCGGGCGAUUCGGAUAACGAACCUGCUAGUCGAUCUGUUCGAUUUCAGUCAGGCGAAACGGGAACUUCUGAUUCUCCGGCAAAUAAAAAAGAACGACAGAGAGUGCUGGACACGGAAGAUGCGGCUAGAGGGCCGCUGAGCGGUAUCACGCGUUUGAGCGAUUCGCCACGAGUCAUCAAACGGCUGCAGGAAGUUGGCCGUAAAAAGAAAGCUACGCCACCGUCCACGCUUAAUUUACCCACGCCCGCUGCUCCCGUCCGUCAGUCACUGCCUAGCCCAUCUCGUGUCCCGCCGCGUCCGACCGCGGCUGCACGCCAAGUGAGCGAGGAGGAUGAGAUAGCCAAGAUUAAGAAACAGAAUAAAGGCCAGGAAGCAUCAGCUGAUAGCAGCACUCGAAAAGCGGAUGCUGGUGCCAGCGUGCCUUCGACUCCGACGGGAUCCGGUGAUCGACCGCGAUUCACCAGCCAGCAGAACAGCAGUUCGACGGAGCAACAAAAGGCACCUUCAGCGUCCAGGCAGACGUCGACGUCCGUUUCCGACAAACCGGCGACAGAGUCUGCUACCAGCUCUGGAGCGACGCCUGCCCCGGAGACAGCGGAAGAAGCGCGUACUCGAAGGAGGUCUCUGUUGGCCAGCACGAAAAGCGGAACACCCAGCGAGACGGAAUCAGGGUCCAGGCAGACAGACAGGACACCGAUAGCCUCGAGUUAUGUCGCAGCCGUGACUUCACGAACGUCUUCGCCGGCAGAUGAUUCAUCAGACCGUCCAAGCCGACGUGUGGGCCGCGUCUCAACUGAACGCUUCAACAAGUCCAGCUCCGAUAGCAGCACGUCGGCCGAGUCGUCGACUCACUCGUCGCCCGUCCGCAACACCGGCGCCGCCUUUUCCACCGUCGAAUUGAAGAAUCGAUUCGGCGGCGGAGUCAGCGCCGGCCGCAAGUCUAGCACGGGCAGCACGAACGGCGACGCUUCGGCAUCGAUGGCCACGACGGCGACUCGAAGUCGAUUCGGGAACACGAGUGGCGGCGCUACCAGUCCAUCAUCUGGAACUGGACGCUUUGGAAGUAGUAGUGGAACGGCCAGCAGCGCCACCACGACGAGCGUUGCUAGUAGCAACGGAACAGCUGCAGGAGUAGCCCCGCACCGAUUUCAGAGUCGUUUUUUAGGCCGGGCUGGCACUCCUACAGCAGAGGCCUCGAGGGGAUCCGAGAAUAGUCAGAGUAGCUCUUCCGACGACAGUUCAGAUUCGUCGGAAUCCGAUUCAGCCGAUAAACCGGCGACUGGCAAAACGGCAGCAGUAAGCAAAACUGCUGUUGCAUCAAAACCCACCACCGCCCCUACCAGUACCAAGGAUCGGGAAUUAGCUCGGACCGACAUCGGGCCUUUGUUGGCCAGGAGUGCACAGGCUCGCGACACAACGACCUACCCCAGUAGUAGCAGUAAUCAAACUAGUGCCAGUAGUGCCGGUAAUAGUAGACCGACAACCACAUCCGAUUCGCCGUCCUCCUACACACCGAGGAGCCGGGCCACGGCGGCGAGUACAGCCUCGACAUCGUCGUCGAGUCGGCCCUAUACUUCAACGUCUCGUUAUGGAACGGAUUCGACAACGACAGGCUCAGCUUUGUCCCGAAGCAGGACGGGCUCGGCGCUUGCCGACGACAUGGAAAACAAGUAUCCGUUAACGAGCAAAUAUCUGAACCGAUCGCGGGCAAAUUUGUCCAGCGAUACUGGAGGCUACGGAGCCGAUUCGGGGGGCUACCACGGUAGCUCGUCUUCAGCUUCGUCGUCGACACCACGCUACUCGCAAACGAGAGGUUAUCAAAGUCGUUUUUUAAACAAAAGUAAGAGCUCUGCUGCGCUAGACUGCGCACUGGAUGACAACAAUGAGAUGGUCGACGACGACGAGGGUAACGUAGACGAUAACGGCGACGACAGCAACAAGUCGUCGGCGCCGUCGGCUGCGUCGGCCUCGUCGGCAUCGCAGCCGCUUCUCGUCGUCGCUGGUGACGAACGGUAUCCAAGCGGCAGGUCGCGAUAUGCAGCCUUAAAGGAUCGCCGAUCCCGGCUUGCCCGCAGCAAGAGCUCUCACGAUGUGGGACCACCUGCUUCCUUGGGGCCGACAGCGCCAUCGCCAUCGUCAAAGGAAUUGACGGUAGGCGAUGGCGGCGUUGGCGGCAAGGCGGCGGGCCCGCACUAUUACGGCCAGCUGGGAAGCGGAGAAGUCGGGGAUACCGGGACUUUUCCGUCGCAAGAACCAACAUCGCCCACAGCUGAAGCCGGCUCAGGAUCUUCGUUAUCCACCUGGGCACGAUAUUUAAAGAACAAAUAUGGUCCGCGGAACAAAGAAGGAGAAGGGCAAAACCAGCUACCGUCAUCGACGACCAACAGCGAUCCAUCGACAGCUGGAGGAAGUAAACAACAGCAACAGGCACAUCCGGCGUCACGGUUCAGCCGUGCCCGAUCGACUGGCGUGUCCGGAAAUAAUGCGACCAAUGGUCGCAAUGAUUCCGAUGAGUUAACAGGCCCGUCAUCUGGUUUGAUAACGUCAUCGUCCAGACAUCAAUACAUGCAAAAGCGGAAGGUGUUGAUGAAGAUCGGUACUCGGGGCAGCGAAGCCGGAUCUUUCACUUGGCCGCGAGGAGUCGCUGUGGCUCCCGACAAUUCCAUCGUGGUAGCAGACAGCUCUAAUCACCGUGUUCAAGUUUUCGACUCGACGGGACACUUCUUGAAAGAGUUUGGUUACUAUGGCAACGGCGAAGGCGAAUUCGAUUGUCUGGCCGGCGUAGCCAUCAACAGGAUCGGCCAGUACAUCAUCGCGGAUAGAUACAACCACCGAAUCCAGGUGUUCGAUCCUUCGGGACGUUUCCUGCGAGUCUUUGGCUCGCAGGGCACGUCGGAUGGCAAGUUUAGCUACCCGUGGGGGGUAACGACCGAUGCGCUGGGCUUCAUCUACGUUUGCGAUAAGGAGAACCAUCGAGUACAGGUGUUUCAGUCUGAUGGUACUUUUGUUGGGAAAUUCGGUACCAUGGGCAAUAGGCCCGGCCAGCUGGAACAUCCGCACUACAUUGCCGUUAGCAGUACAAAUCGCGUCAUUGUAUCCGAUUCGAACAAUCACCGAAUCCAAGUCUUCGACGUCAACGGCAAAGUUAUCGCUACGUUCGGUGUUGAAGGGGCUGAUGAGGGGCAAUUUAAGUUCCCCAGGGGAGUAGCCGUUGACGAUCAGGGCUACAUCGUUGUUGCCGAUUCUGGUAACAAUCGGAUUCAAGUGUUCACAGCCGAAGGUGUGUUCGUUAAAGCUUUCGGCUGCUGGGGUUGUGGUGAUGGAGAAUUCAAAGGACUGGAAGGCAUCGCCGUCAUGUCCAACGGCAACAUCGUCUGCGCCGAUCGGGAAAAUCACCGGAUUCAAGUCUUCUAAUUAUUCGUUCAUCUCUUUUUUUAUUUAUUUUUUUUUUUUUGUUAUUUUCAUAUUUCUUUAUGUUUAAAUGUUUGGGUCUGUAACACAAGGAUCUUAACGUUCAAUGCCUUCAGUAUUUUACAAUCGAAAUUUCAACAUAGAAGACUCACUUUGCUCGUGAAAAGUUCUAGCUAGAUGGUCAUAGAUGUCUGAGCUUUGAGCAGCUUGCUCUUACUUUGUUUCUAUUUCUUUUUCUCUUUUUGUUUUAAUGUUUGUUGGAAAAGAGAAUAAUCAGCUUCA